AUGGCGGCGCCCGGCGGCGCCAGGAGGCCCGACUUCUCCUCCGCGGCCUCGCCCUCUCCCUCGCCGGCGGGGGCAGCCGGGAGGAGGCUGCUCCGCACCCAGACCGUCGGCAACUUGGGCGAGUCCAUCUUCGACAGUGAGGUCGUCCCCUCCUCGCUCGUCGAGAUCGCCCCCAUCCUCCGUGUCGCCAACGAGGUCGAGGCCACCAACCCACGCGUCGCCUACCUAUGCCGUUUCUAUGCUUUCGAGAAGGCUCAUCGCCUCGACCCCACCUCCAAUGGCCGUGGUGUUCGUCAAUUCAAAACCGCGCUUCUGCAGAGGCUUGAAAGGGAAAAUGAUCCAACAUUGAAGGGAAGGGUUCACCAGAGUGACGCUCGAGAGAUGCAACGUUUCUACCGUGAAUACUACAAGAAGUACAUCCAGGCACUUCAAAAUGCUGCCGACAAGGCUGACCGUGCUCUGCUCACUAAGGCAUACCAAACUGCUGCUGUCUUGUUCGAGGUCUUGAAAGCCGUCAAUGUUUCCCAAUCUGUUGAAGUCGAUCAAGCGAUUCUGGAUACACACAACAAAGUUGAGGAAAAGAAAAAGCUCUAUGUUCCUUACAAUAUUCUGCCACUCGAUCCUGAGAGUACUUAUCAACCUAUUAUGCAAUAUCCAGAGAUUCAAGCAGCUGUUAAUGCGCUAAGGAAUAUUAGAGGCCUGCCGUGGCCCAAGGAACAUGAAAAGAAGCCUGAUGAAAAGAAGACUGGCAAAGACCUUCUUGAUUGGCUUCAGGCCAUGUUUGGGUUUCAGAAAGAUAAUGUGUCCAACCAAAGAGAACAUCUAAUACUGUUACUUGCAAAUGUGCACAUAAGGCAGUCUCCUAAGACUGAGCAACAAGCAAAGUUGGACGACAGAGCUCUAGAUGCUGUAAUGAAGAAGCUAUUUAAGAAUUAUAAGAAGUGGUGCAAGUACCUUGGCCGCAAAAGCAGUUUAUGGUUGCCAACUAUCCAGCAGGAAGUUCAGCAGCGUAAGCUUCUCUACAUGGGUCUCUAUUUGCUAAUUUGGGGUGAGGCGGCUAACUUGAGGUUCAUGCCAGAGUGUCUUUGCUACAUCUACCAUCAUAUGGCUUUUGAACUCUAUGGCAUGUUGGCUGGAAACGUGAGUCCAAUGACUGGUGAAAAUGUUAAACCAGCGUAUGGUGGUGAUGAAGAGGCCUUCCUGAUGAAAGUAGUGACUCCAAUUUACAAAGUUAUAGAGAAGGAAGCUGAACGGAGCAAGACCAUAAAGUCAAAACACUCACAUUGGAGGAACUAUGAUGAUUUAAAUGAGUAUUUUUGGUCAGUGGAUUGUUUUCGGCUAGGAUGGCCUAUGAGAGCAGAUGCUGAUUUUUUCAAAACUCCUGAAGAUGCUUACCCUAGUCGUCUUAAUGGAGAGAACAGAUCCGCAGGUAAUGUCCAUUGGAUGGGAAAGAUUAAUUUUGUCGAGAUCCGUUCAUUCUGGCACAUAUUUCGUAGUUUCGACAGAAUGUGGAUCUUCUUGAUAUUAUCCUUACAGGCCAUGAUUAUUAUUGCCUGGAAUGGUGGCACACCAAGUGAUAUAUUCGACGUUGGAGUAUUUAAGCAGGUUUUGAGCAUAUUUAUAACGGCUGCAGUUUUGAAGUUAGGGCAAGCAAUUCUGGACAUUGUAUUUGGCUGGAAAGCAAGAAGAAGCAUGUCAUUUGCAGUCAAGCUGCGAUAUGUCUUGAAGUUAAUUUCAUCAUCUGCAUGGGUUGUGAUUUUGCCUGUGACUUAUGCAUAUACCUGGGACAGUCCUACAGGUCUUGCAAGAAUAAUUAAAAGUUGGCUUGGCAAUGGUCAGAAUCAGCCAUCACUGUAUAUUUUGGCUGUUGUGAUAUAUUUGGCACCAAACAUGCUUGCUGCUAUGCUGUUUCUUUUCCCGUUCCUCAGAAGGUUUCUUGAGAGUUCAAAUGUUAAGGUCAUAACAUUCAUCAUGUGGUGGUCUCAGCCUCGACUAUUUGUUGGCAGAGGAAUGCAUGAAGGCGCAUUUUCCCUCUUCAAGUAUACCAUGUUCUGGGUCCUCCUUUUAGCAAUGAAAUUGACAGUAAGCUUCUAUAUAGAGAUCAAGCCUCUGGUACAGCCAACCAAAGAUAUAAUGAAAGAGCCGAUCCGGGAUUUCCAGUGGCAUGAAUUUUUCCCUCGUGCUAACAAUAACAUUGGUGUUGUUAUUGCGCUGUGGGCUCCAAUAAUUCUUGUCUACUUCAUGGACACCCAAAUUUGGUAUGCACUUUUCUCUACAUUGAUCGGUGGUAUCUAUGGGGCUUAUCGUCGUCUUGGUGAGAUACGGACAUUAGGAAUGUUGAGAUCUCGUUUUGAAUCUCUGCCUGAGGCCUUCAAUGAGCACUUGAUUCCUUCUGAUUCACACAAGAGUAAAGGUUUGCGUGCUGCCUUUACUGGUAAACCUUCUAAGACUUCUGGUGAUGAGCAAGAGAAAGAGAAAAUAGCCGCAAGAUUUGCUCAAAUGUGGAACCUAAUUAUCACAAGUUUCCGUGAGGAAGAUCUUAUAGAUAACAGGGAGAUGGACUUGCUACUUGUCCCAUACUGUAAAGACCGUGAAUUGAAUAUAUUCCAGUGGCCACCUUUCCUACUUGCUAGCAAGAUUCCAAUAGCAUUGGAUAUGGCGGCAGACAGUGGAGGAAAAGAUCGUGAUCUGAAGAAGAGAAUGGGAUCAGAUCCGUAUUUUUCCUAUGCUAUCAGAGAGUGCUAUGGUUCAUUCAAAAACAUCAUCAAUACUUUAGUGUUUGGUCAACGUGAGAAAAUAGUAAUACAGCAGAUUUUUACAAUUGUUGAUGAACACAUAGAAGGGGGAAGUCUAAUAAAGGAUUUGAACAUGAGGAGCCUUCCUGCCCUGAGCAAGAAGUUCAUUGAACUACUUGAAUUACUGCAAAAGAAUAAGGAAGAAGACUUGGGCCAAGUUGUCAUUUUAUUCCAAGAUAUGCUUGAGGUGGUCACAAGGGAUAUAAUGGAUGAGCAAGACCAGCUAGGCGGACUAUUGGAUUCUGUACAUGGUGGAAAUAGAAAACACGAAGGAAUGACUUCACUUGAUCAACAAGAUCAGUUGUUCACUAAAGCUAUUAGGUUCCCCGUGGAGGAAUCAAAUGCAUGGACGGAAAAGAUAAAGAGGCUUCACCUUCUUCUCACUGUGAAAGAGUCUGCUAUGGAUGUCCCUACGAACCUUGAUGCUAGGAGACGGAUAUCGUUCUUUGCAAAUUCUCUUUUUAUGGAGAUGCCUAAUGCUCCAAAAGUGCGGCAUAUGUUGCCCUUCUCUGUCUUGACUCCUUAUUACAAGGAAGAUGUUCUUUUCUCCUCUCAUAAUCUGGAAGAGCCAAAUGAGGAUGGGGUUUCCAUACUUUUCUACUUACAAAAAAUCUACCCAGAUGAAUGGAAAAAUUUCCUUGAUAGGGUGGACCGCAAGAGCGAGGAGGAGCUCCGUGAGGAUGAAACAUUGGAAGAGGAGCUUCGCCUUUGGGCAUCAUAUAGGGGACAGACAUUGACAAGAACUGUGAGAGGAAUGAUGUACUACCGAAAAGCGUUGGAGCUUCAGGCUUUCCUUGACAUGGCCAAAGAUGAUGAUCUUAUGGAAGGUUACAGAGCAACUGAACUGAUGUCUGAGGACUCGCAAUUGAUGACUCAAUGCAAAGCUAUAGCUGACAUGAAAUUUACAUAUGUUGUCUCGUGCCAGCAAUAUGGAAUCCAGAAACGUUCUGGUGAAGCCUGUGCGCAUGAUAUUUUGAGGCUAAUGACAGUAUAUCCAUCACUUCGAGUUGCUUAUAUUGAUGAGGUUGAAGCACCUAGCCAAGAUAGAAACAAGAAGACUGACAAAGUUUACUACUCAGCAUUGGUGAAAGCUUCCGUUACAAAACCUAAUGAACCAGGACAAAGUCUUGAUCAGGUCAUAUACAAGAUAAAACUUCCAGGUAAUGCUAUUUUAGGUGAAGGAAAACCAGAAAAUCAGAAUCAUGCAAUUAUUUUUACUCGUGGUGAAUGCCUCCAAACUAUAGAUAUGAAUCAGGAGCAUUAUAUGGAGGAGGCUUUGAAAAUGAGAAAUCUGCUGGAUGAGUUUCUGAAGAAACAUGAUGGUGUGAGAUAUCCAUCAAUACUUGGAGUAAGAGAGCAUAUAUUUACUGGCAGUGUUUCAUCCCUUGCAUGGUUCAUGUCAAAUCAGGAGACCAGUUUUGUGACUAUUGGACAGCGUGUGCUUGCCAACCCCCUGAGGGUUCGAUUCCACUAUGGCCAUCCUGAUAUCUUUGAUCGUCUUUUCCACCUCACAAGGGGUGGUGUAAGUAAAGCAUCCAAAAUUAUCAAUCUUAGUGAAGAUAUAUUUGCCGGUUUCAAUUCAACAUUGCGUGAAGGCAAUGUCACUCAUCAUGAGUACAUGCAAGUUGGCAAGGGAAGAGAUGUGGGUCUCAACCAAAUUGCUCUGUUUGAGGCAAAGAUAGCAAAUGGUAAUGGUGAACAAACACUGAGCCGUGACAUUUAUCGACUAGGGCACCGGUUUGAUUUCUUCAGAAUGCUGUCAUGCUAUUACACAACAAUUGGCUUCUACUUUAGUACAAUGAUUACAGUAUGGACUGUAUAUGUUUUCCUCUAUGGGCGCUUAUAUCUUGUCCUCAGUGGACUGGACCAAGCACUAGCCACUGGAAAGAAGUUUGUGCAUAAUGCACCCCUCCAAGUUGCUCUUGCAUCAGAGUCUUUUGUUCAACUUGGAUUUUUGAUGGCGUUGCCCAUGAUGAUGGAAAUUGGUCUGGAGAGGGGAUUCAGAACAGCACUAAGCGACUUUGUACUUAUGCAACUUCAGUUGGCAUCUGUUUUCUUUACAUUUUCACUUGGGACCAAAACUCAUUAUUACGGAAGGACAUUACUCCACGGAGGAGCUGAAUAUAGAGCCACUGGGCGUGGAUUUGUGGUGUUUCAUGCCAAGUUUGCUGACAACUACCGACUUUAUUCUCGCAGCCAUUUUGUCAAGGGUAUUGAGCUGAUGAUUUUGCUGGUUGUGUAUGAAAUCUUUGGGCAAUCAUACAGAGGGGCUAUCACAUACAUUUUCAUCACUGUUUCCAUGUGGUUUAUGGUGGGCACCUGGCUCUUUGCACCAUUCCUAUUCAAUCCUUCUGGAUUUGAGUGGCAGAAGAUUGUGGAUGACUGGACUGAUUGGAAUAAGUGGAUCAGCAACCGUGGAGGUAUUGGAGUAGCACCAACAAAAAGUUGGGAAUCAUGGUGGGAAAAAGAGCAGGAGCCUCUUCGAUACUCUGGAAAGCGUGGUACUAUUCUUGAAAUUCUGCUCGCGUUGCGCUUCUUUGUCUACCAAUAUGGGCUUGUGUAUCAUUUGAAUAUAACCAAGCAUACUCGCAGUGUACUGGUUUAUUGCUUUUCAUGGGUUGUGAUUUUCGUAAUUUUACUUGUCAUGAAGACUGUUUCAGUCGGUAGGAGGAGGUUCAGUGCGGAGUUCCAGCUUGUCUUCCGGUUGAUCAAGGGCCUUAUAUUCAUAACAUUUGUCGCCAUUGUUGUGAUAUUAAUUGCCAUCCCUCACAUGACAGUUCUUGAUAUCUUCGUUUGCAUCCUUGCUUUCAUGCCAACUGGAUGGGGCUUGCUUCUGAUUGCGCAAGCCAUCAAACCUGCUGUCCAGGCUAUUGGGCUUUGGGGAUCAAUCAAGGCUCUUGCCCGGGGCUAUGAGAUCCUAAUGGGACUCCUGUUAUUCACACCCAUAGCGUUCCUUGCUUGGUUUCCUUUCGUGUCCGAGUUCCAGACCAGGAUGCUCUUCAACCAGGCCUUCAGCAGAGGUCUGCAGAUCUCCCGUAUCCUUGGCGGGCACAAGAAAGACCGAUCAACCCGGAACAAGGAGUAGACUGAGCGGCGAGGGCUCCCCCCAAACCAAUUGUUGUAGUAGUAUGCAUUAUCCUAGUAGGAGUAUCCGCCCCCAGUUUUGCGUGUGCUCUGAUUGUCACCAGAUUCAGAGACCGGGGGAGGCGUACGCUAAGCUAGCGUAUCAGCAUGUUUCAGUGUAUCUGCAGAUUCACAACAUUCGCACCUCUCCAUUAUGUAAAUCUCUAUCGCUCAUUAGCAAAUCGGAGCAUCUAAUUUAGAGAUGUCUUCUGGGUUAGUAGUAAUAUAUCUGGUGAACAGAGUUGAUUGAAUGUUUGUGGGAGCAAAUCAUGUUUUAAAGAUCCUGCUCUUGCAUCUCUUAAGGCAUCAGAGCAGUUUUUGA